GCUCGGCUCCCCCCGCGCUCCGGCCAUGGCUGCGGAGAUGCGCCCCCGGCCGCUGCGCUUCUGUCCCCGCCGCGGCCGCCUCCUGCAGCUGCUGCUCCCCGCGCUCCUGCUGCCCCUCGGCGGCGGCGCCUUCAACCUGGACGUGGACAGCCCGGCCGAGUACUCCGGCCCCGAGGGAAGUUACUUCGGGUUCGCCGUGGACUUCUUCGUGCCCAGCGCGUCCUCCAGGAUGUUUCUCCUGGUGGGAGCCCCCAAAGCAAACACCACCCAGCCUGGGAUUGUAGAAGGAGGGCAAGUCCUCAAAUGUGACUGGUCAUCUAGCCGCCGGUGCCAUCCAAUUGAAUUUGAUUCAACAGGCAAUCGAGAUUAUGCCAAAGAUGACCCUUUGGAGUUUAAGUCCCACCAGUGGUUUGGAGCCUCGGUGAGGUCAAAACAGGACAAAAUUUUGGCCUGUGCUCCAUUGUAUCACUGGAGGACGGAGCUGAAGCAGGAGAGAGAGCCUGUUGGAACUUGCUUUCUUCAAGAUGGGGCAAAGACUGUUGAGUAUGCUCCCUGCAGGUCAAAAAAUAUUGAUGCUGAUGGACAGGGGUUUUGUCAAGGAGGAUUCAGCAUUGAUUUUACUAAAGCUGACCGAGUACUUCUUGGUGGUCCUGGUAGUUUUUAUUGGCAAGGUCAGCUCAUUUCUGAUCAAGUUGCAGAAAUUGUAUCUAAAUAUGACCCAAGUGUUUACAGCAUCAAGUACAAUAACCAGCUGGCAACUCGGACUGCACAAGCAAUUUUUGAUGACAGUUAUCUGGGUUACUCAGUGGCUGUUGGAGACUUCAAUGGUGAUGGCAUAGAUGAUUUUGUUUCAGGAGUACCAAGAGCAGCAAGGACAUUGGGAAUGGUUUACAUUUAUGAUGGGAAGAACAUGUCCUCCUUAUACAAUUUUACUGGUGAGCAGAUGGCUGCGUAUUUUGGAUUUUCUGUAGCUGCCACUGACAUUAAUGGGGAUGAUUACGCCGAUGUGUUUAUUGGAGCACCGCUGUUCAUGGAUCGAGGCUCCGAUGGCAAGUUGCAAGAGGUGGGGCAGGUCUCCGUGUCUCUGCAGAGAGCUUCAGGCGACUUCCAGACCAUGAAGCUGAAUGGGUUUGAGGUCUUUGCAAGGUUUGGCAGUGCCAUAGCUCCUUUGGGAGACUUGGACCAGGAUGGCUUCAACGAUAUUGCAAUUGCUGCCCCAUAUGGGGGUGAAGAUCAGAAAGGAAUUGUUUACAUCUUUAAUGGUAGAUCAACAGGCCUGAAUGCGGUUCCAUCCCAGAUCCUUGAGGGGCAGUGGGCAGCUCAGAGCAUGCCACCGAGCUUUGGCUAUGCAAUGAAGGGAGCUACAGACAUAGACAAAAAUGGAUAUCCAGACUUAAUUGUUGGGGCCUUUGGUGUGGAUCGAGCUGUCUUAUACAGGGCUAGACCUGUGAUCACUGUAAAUGCUGGCCUUGAAGUCUACCCAAGCAUUUUAAAUCAAGACAGUAAAACCUGCUCACUGCCUGGGACAAUGCUUAAAGUUUCCUGUUUUAAUGUCAAAUUCUGCUUAAAGGCAGAUGGUAAAGGAGCACUUGCAAGGAAACUGAACUUCCAGGUGGAGCUUCUUUUGGAUAAACUCAAGCAAAAGGGAGCAAUUCGACGAGCACUGUUUCUCCAUAACAGGUCCCCAGGUCACUCCAAGAACAUGACCAUACUCCGGGGGGGACAGAUGCAGUGUGAGGAACUGAUAGCGUAUCUGCGGGAUGAAUCUGAGUUUAGAGACAAACUCACUCCAAUCACUGUUUUCAUGGAGUAUCGGUUGGAUUACAGAACGGCUGCUGAUGCAACAGGCUUGCAACCCAUUCUCAACCAGUUCACCCCUGCCAACGUCAGCCGACAGGCUCAUAUUCUACUUGACUGUGGUGAUGACAAUGUCUGUAAACCUAAACUGGAUGUUUCUGUAGAUAGUGACCAAAAGAAGAUCUAUAUCGGGGACGACAACCCUCUGACAUUGAUUGUGAAGGCACAGAACCAAGGAGAAGGCGCCUACGAAGCUGAGCUCAUCAUUUCCAUUCCACCUCAGGCAGAUUUCAUCGGGGUUGUCCGAAACAGUGAAGCUUUAGCAAGACUUUCCUGUGCAUUUAAGACAGAAAACCAAACCCGGCAGGUGGUGUGUGACCUUGGAAACCCAAUGAAGGCUGGAACUCAAGUUUUUGCUGGUCUUCGGUUCAGUGUACACCAGCAGUCAGAGAUGGAUACAUCUGUAAGGUUUGACUUACAGAUCCAAAGCUCUAAUCUUUUUGACAAUGUAAGUCCAGUUGUAUCUCACAGAGUUGACCUUGCUGUUUUAGCUGCUGUUGAGAUAAGAGGAGUUUCAAGUCCUGAUCACAUCUUUCUUCCAAUUCCAAAUUGGGAGCACAAGGAGAAUCCCGAGACUGAGGAAGAUGUUGGGCCUGUUGUUCAACACAUCUAUGAGCUAAGAAACAAUGGUCCAAGUUCAUUCAGCAAGGCAAUGUUGAAUCUUCAGUGGCCAUACAAGUAUAACAAUAACACUCUGUUGUACAUCCUUCACUAUGAUAUUGAUGGGCCAAUGAACUGUACUUCAGAUAUGGAGCUCAACCCUUUGAGAAUUAAGAUCUCAUCAUCACAAACACCUGAAAAGAAUGACACUAUUGCUGGGCAAGGUGACCGGAACCAUCUCAUCACUAAGCGGGAUCUUGCCCUCAAUGAAGGAGAUGUUCACACUUUGGGUUGUGGAGUUGCUCAGUGCUUGCGGAUCGUUUGCCAGGUUGGGCGACUGGACAGAGGGAAGAGUGCCAUCCUGUAUGUCAAGUCUCUGCUGUGGACGGAGACCUUUAUGAAUAAGGAGAACCAGAAUCAUUCCUACUCUCUGAAGUCAUCUGCUUCAUUUAAUGUCAUAGAGUUUCCUUAUAAGAAUCUCCCAAUUGAGGAUAUCUUCAACUCCACUGUAGUUACCACUAAUGUCACCUGGGGGAUUCAGCCCGCACCUAUGCCAGUGCCUGUGUGGGUGAUCAUUUUGGCAGUUCUUGCAGGACUAUUGUUAUUGGCUGUUCUUGUAUUCAUAAUGUACAGGGUGGGUUUUUUCAAACGUGUCCGGCCACCUCAGGAAGAACAAGAGAGAGAGCAGCUUCAACCCCAUGAAAAUGGUGAAGGAAACUCAGAAACUUAACUGUGAUCUUUCAUCUAUGCUCCAUCUUGACUAUAGUAUUAAAUCUCCUUCACAUGAAAAGAAAAUGUGAAGACUGUGUUUCUGAUGGUACUCAGUAGCCUCAGUUUAACCACAAAACUGAGAGCAGUAUUGGUCCAUUUUCUCUUUAUAAAUAAGUUCAAACUACAAUUACUACACAUACACUGACUUGUGUUUUUAGGUAUUUAAAUGAUGAAAUUUCAAAUGAUGGUUCUUAGUGUACAGAAGACAGGUUGGGCCUGACUUACUACUUUAUAUAGCAUCGUACCUCCUGUAAUUACUGUUUCUGCUUACAUGUUAGGAUCUGCUCUUCAUUGUUGUGGUUAUGUUAAGGCAAUUAGAAUCUGAGAGCCAUUCAAGGGUAGACCCUAGCAUCAGUAGUUCUCUGUAGGUACUUAGAACUUUAAUACACAUUACACUACAGGUAAGUUUUCAAGCUACUAAAGCCUUUGUAGUUGCAUGAAGCUGGACUUUAAUGUCAUUUAUAUUGUAGAACUUUUUUUUAAAGCACAUGAUAUCAUUAAAACAGGAUAUAGCUCAGUGGUAAAGCAUGUGCUUAUCGUGUGUAAAGCCCUAGGUUCUAUCCCCAGCACUAGAGGGAAAAUUUGUUUCCUAUAAUAACAAUGGUACAAUAUUUUCAUAUGAAAAUUGAGUACAUGCUUUUAAAUUUGUAUUUAUAUUUAAUCCACAAUCCAUUUUAUUACAUUUUAACUUGUAUAGUAUAAGUUCUAUGUCAAACCUUUUAAGCCACCCCAUACUAAAAUUAAUUCUACAAUCAUAAUUACCCUUUUGUUAAUAGUUUGACUUCUGUUAAAUAUGAUUAUGCCUAAAGCCAUAUGGAGUUGGCAGUUGUUUCCAAAGUACAUCUAUUCCAUUAUAUUUUUUGCCUGGUGAUUUGCAGUAUAUAAAAGAAAUUAUUGUAAUUGAAAUACUAUUCUGGUAGCUUAUUGAUAUCACUGCUUACUAGUAGUAUAUUCUUUAAUUAGGACAAAGUUUUUAGUUAGUGUUAAUUUAUUUUUCUCAUAUACAUAUUUUUCCUUAUAUUUCCAACACUGAAUGGGUCAAAAUUAUCUUUAAAACCUACCGGAACCUAGAUCCCCAUUCCCACCUCAUGAGGUAUAUGUGGAGUUAAAAACUCUUGGUGUUUUUGCUCACUGGUUUGCUUCUGGUACAAGCAUGAUGUUUUUUGCAGGGGUAGUACCUCAUGUUCAGCAAGGUAGUGUGGAAAACUAGCCUCAGCUAUCAAAAUGACUAUUAAAAUGUAUUUUUGUAAGCAAUCAUUAUUGCAACCCUUUUAAACCUUUCUUAAGUUUGUUAACAUAAAUGAAUUUUCUAGGAUUAUUUUUAAUAAAACAGCAUAGGUGGUAAAUUGUAAAUUUAAAUGCCUGUGAUUUAUUCACAGUUCCUCAAGGCCUAGGGAUGACUAUCAAUUAUAUCCAUCUUCAUGUCAUUACAUCAUGUUGUGCGCUAGCAAGUGAGAAUUUUAAUAGCUUCUUAACUGCCAUGCUUUUUAGGCAAUGAUAAAUAUUUCUCUUAAAUAACUGGCUAUUUUUCUACAUUUUAAAAAUAAUUGAAAUUUAUCUCACCAUAUCUUGUGUAAUAAUUUCAUGCACAAGUGCCUGAGCUAAUCUAGAAACUCUAUAUUCCUAACCUGAAGCACAUUUAGGUGAGUUAUACCAAUUAGACUAUAGACGGGUGUCUAUACUUAGCGUUAGUGACUUUUAAAAUUAGUAGGUUUUGGAGUCUAGAAUUUAUUAGUGGUUUGAAAGAUCUUAAUCAUAUGCAAUAGGUAUUUUAUUACUAAUAAAUUUGAGUAAUUUCAAGAAGGUAUUUUUAUCCUAGGGCCAAGUGUUUCCCAGCACCAAAUAGUCACUGAGUUGGCCUAUAAUAACUUUUAUCUAUUUUCCUACCUAGUAGUUAUUAUUUCUGAAAAUAAGUGUUAGAUAGACACUCUUUGGAAAAGAGUUAUUAUUGGGUUUUGUACAGCUAUUCCCUUUCUGGCUUCUAUCUCAAGGAAUAAUUUUCUAUUAGAGAAUGAAUGAUGCUAUAAUUGGAAAUUAAGAUGAUGUUUUAAAUUGCCUUUAUGAAGUGCAGUUUUUAGAUACUAUAGAUUUUCUUUCAAAAAGUAAAAAUUAUAUCUUAAGAAAUAUGAACUAUAAUUUUAAAGUCUACCUGGAGGAAAAAUGCUAAGAUUCUUUUUAUUGUAGACUAUAUUUGAGAAAAUAUCACAAGAUAGUUCUAUGAAAGCCAUGUUAAUCUGUAAGCAGUUUAAAUAUUACUACAUAUGAGAUUUAUUGAGUCAAAAUUAAUUUCAAAGGAUCAAAUUAUUAUAAUUACUUCAAUUAAAAAAUUGAGUGAGCCAGAGAACAAUAAAUAUGUGUAAUACAGGUAGGAAAUAUUGAUACUGUUAUUGAUUUCUUAUAUAGAUAUUACCAAAUUGAUAUUUCGCAAAAUAUUUCUGAGGGUCAUUUUCCCCUUUAUGUUCCUCUUAUGAUCAAUUAUCAUUAAAAUUCUGAUUAUGUUCUGAAUGAUUCUGAAAGGUAAAAUAGUCAAAAUAUAAUUGUCCCAAUUCUACCUUGUGUUAUGAAAUUACUUAUGAAGAGUUCAUCUUCAUGUAUACAAUAUUUAUAUUUAUGUAAAGAGGAAACUCAGUAAGCAAGCAUUUACUACUUUGUUACAAGAGCAUUCAGAGAAUUUUAAUCGUGAGUCAUGGCCCUGAGGGAGGCAUUCAAGUGGCAGAAUGCAGUGUACGAUAGAGCAGCUCGUUCUUGCAGUGUGGAAGGCAAUACCUGUUCCUGUGUUUCAGAAUGUUAGAGCCUGAUAGGAAUGAGUAAGUUCUUGGAAUACCUUUGUGUGACCAUUGUCUAUCUGAGGGUUACCUUGUUUGUACUUGUGGACAGCUUGUAUGUAUAGUAACUAGGUAAGAAAAACUGGAAAAUUUGAGAAUUUAUUAGAGGACCCAAAAAUAAAUAAAUAAAAUUAUUUAAUAUCUGCUCAUCUGGAAAAUUUCCCUUUAAACUUGUUGCCUACCUUGAACCAUGAUGUGCAGUAUGUAACAUACACUGGUAUUUUAUUGUACUUUCUGGUACAUAAUGAACUUGUUGAGAGAGGUACUGAAUUUUGAUUUUUUGUUGUCAUUGUUCUCAAGGUAACCAAACCUAGGUCAUAGCAAAGACACCAUUAAUUUAGAAAGCCUAAUCUAAACUGAGGUUUAUUAGUAUUUUUAACAGGUAGGAGAAAGUCCAAUACAGAGGUCAUUUACUCCUAAGCCGUCCGUUAUUCCAUUUUUUUUUUUAAGGCAGGACAUGAACUGUUUCUUGCCAGUUUUGAAACACUUUCAAAAACUUGGAAGCUGUGUAAAUCAAAUUAAUUUGCUAUCUAAGUAACAUAGAAAGGACUUAUCUUUGUUUAGCUUCUCUUGUGACCACCCACAUUGGGUGAGACAUGAAAUGAGUGUUCUCAGCUCUGCCCUUUGCUAACUUGAUGAGUUAGUGAAAGCAGGUACCAUGUUCUGUGUAGUGAUCAACAUGUAACUUGUGACUGUACAAUAAACGUGAGCAUAUGGUGCCA